CUCUAUUGUUGGUUAACUCAAACAAAACGCCGUUUCCUGCUACCUCGUCUUCACGAACUGAAUGGAGUUGUUUGCUACUACUACUCAUUCUCUUCCAAACCAUAAAUCUGGAAUUAACACUUUUCAUUCAACCCUUUUCCCAAAAACAUUCAAAUCUUCAUUCUUUUCAUCAAAUCACCUCACUCUCACCUCCUCUAUGAAUCCUCCCACAGCAACUCUUUCCUCUUCUGCCUUUGUUGAACGCAGCAACGGUUCAACUGCAACUUCUUUGCCUUUUCACUCAGAGGAUAGAGUUGGAGAGGUGAAAAGGGUUACUAAGGAGACUAAUGUUUUUGUCAACAUUAAUUUGGAUGGUACUGGUGUUGCUGAUUCUAGUACUGGCAUUCCCUUCCUUGAUCAUAUGUUAGAUCAACUUGCUUCACACGGGUUGUUUGACGUACAUGUGAAGGCUACCGGUGACAUACACAUCGAUGAUCAUCACACAAAUGAAGAUGUUGCUCUUGCUAUUGGAACGGCUUUGCUGCAAGCCCUUGGUGAUAGGAAGGGUGUUAACCGGUUCGGUGACUUCUCUGCUCCUCUUGAUGAAGCAUUGAUACAUGUUUCAUUGGAUUUAUCAGGUCGACCACAUCUAAGUUAUAAUUUGGACAUACCUACUCAGAGGGUUGGGACAUAUGACACACAGUUGGUGGAGCAUUUUUUCCAGUCUAUAGUGAAUACUUCCGGUAUGACACUUCACAUUCGCCAGCUUGCUGGGAGAAAUUCUCAUCAUAUUAUUGAAGCAACCUUCAAAGCUUUUGCAAGAGCUCUUCGACAAGCAACGGAAUAUGACCCACGUCGCCGUGGAACUGUGCCAAGUUCCAAAGGGGUUCUGUCACGCUCUUAAUAUCUUUGGCCAGCAUGCACAUUUGGAAUGAGCUACUAAUAUUACUAAUCCUUUAUAGUUCUUCAAGGAUUUGAAUUCAAGAUGAACCCUUGCUCCAAUCUCUUCCAUCACAUUGCUUACAUAUAUCUCGCGAUAAUAAUGGGCAGUGCUAGGUGCACAUAUUUGUAAAAGAAGUUACCAGCAUCGGUAAACAUUAUUCUGCUGUACGUGCAUGUUAAUGCGAAAGGAUUUGUAUGUCUGAACCUCUCCAAACCAUACCAUGGUGUGAGCCUUGUGCAGCAAGCAUCCUUUUUGUUGUGUUGUUGUUGGAAGGAUAAGAUUUUUUUCCCCUUAUUUGUAGGAAUAAUUUGGACCACCAAGGUUUUCUGUUGAUUUAUCUUAUAGAAUAAUCAAUGACUUUGUGACAUACGCAUAAUUUCUUUUAGUAAAAUGACACUAUGGAUAUUUAAGCCUAUAAUAACAUGUUAUUUAGAUUCUC